AUGCCUUCCAUAUAUGCGCCUCCCAUGCCAAAUCACACUUUUUUCCAGGACAAGUCACAAAACGGACCUGCCAAAUCACAGUUUGGAUCACACUUUUUGGCGGGUGGGAGACUUGACUUGUCCUGGAAUCACACCUCCCCAACACUUGUCCUGGACCCUGAGUGUUUUCUCCUCCACAUGCACAAGCUAUUUUCGGCAUCAAGGUUUGGCAAGUCCACCCACAAGAAAUGGAUUUACUCCGAAGCGCCUCCCGAGCUUACGAAAUGGAACGCCGAUCCAUUCAAUUUUGGCAUUCGGUUUUGUGAAAUUGAGCUAGAAAAGAACCACCUCCCAAGUUUUGGGAAUAUGGCACCCAGCCGUUCGAAGUCGGCGUGCGGUUUUGUGGAAAAUAAGGUCUAUUGCCAGAAAUUGAGGCCUACAGAAAUUGGGGCUUGCAGAGGAUUAAGGCCUCUUACUCCAGAAAUUAAGGUCACAGGACAAGGGGAACAACCUCCCAAGUUUGCGAAACAUGACACCCAACCGUUCAAACUCGGUGUUUGGUUCUGCAGGGCAAUAAGGUCUCUUACCCUAGAAAUUGAGGCUCACAAGGCAGUAAGGUCUCUUACCCUAGAAAUUGAGGCUCACAGGAACAACCUCCUGAGUUUUCGAAACAUAGCGUCUAACCGUUCAAAGUCGGCGCUCGGUUCUGCGGAGAAAUGA